AUGAUCCCAGGUCGACUCCUCCGUGUUCGCUUUCCACUUGGCACCUCAGGCCGCAUGCUCAGCCUGAUAUGUGCAUAUCAGCAUGCGUGGGCGCCACGGGAUGCGCACAUCCUGGACAAGAGAGCAGAGUUCUGGCAAAAUCUCAGUCGGUGUAUCGGUAGUGUGCCGCACACAGAACUUCUCAUAGUGGGGGGAGACCUCAACGUGCAGCUCUCGCCACAACACCCGCAUGUCGGACACGGUACGGGAGCCCUCUCUGCUGAGCGGGCCCCGGAUGCUGCGGCUGCUCACACGGUGCUAUCUACCCACUCGUUUACCCACUCGCUCAUAGCACUCAACACUUGCGGGGCACCAAAUAACAAAGCUCGUACAUUCAAAUUCGGCAAACACCGAGCGCAGCUGGAUUACCUAAUCACCAGGCAAAGCCAAUGCACGCGUGAGGCCAAACAAGCCAGUCCACUAGUCGACACGGAGCGUAUCAUUCAGCUUGCACAAAUACCAGAUCCUAGCGCUAUUCCGGAAAUUGCCAGUUUUCGAAGUGAGCUUGCUACGCAGCUUGACCACGUGCGCACGGUGGCCGAUGCAGGUACCAUCUCCGACAUUGUUCAGCGUGUUGCUGCCACUCACUUCCCCAAAGCACAGCCGAACGCUGCAAAAAUCACUAGAUGGCAACAGUCUCAAACGAGGAUGGGUAUCAAGGACAUGUGGAAAGCCUGGCGUUACUAUCGCCGCAGCACUAGAGACACCACACUGCGAGCCAUCAUCGGGCGCUGGCGCACAUGGACGCAGCACUACAAACUCUACAAACAACACAAGGAGACCUGCAGAACCACUAAGAAAGCUUACAUCCUGGAGCAAAUGCAGAUUGCAGAGCAGGUCAUUUGUCCAGCUGUUCUGGAACAACACCUCAGACAAGCGUUAUGCUCGGACAUCGCAGCCAACACAGUCUGUAGUGUCCUGGAUACCCAGUGGACACAGACAAGCGUCACCGUCCCCGCGGACUGGUCGGAUGCACACUUAGUUCUUCUCAAAACGCCUGCCAAAACGGGCAAAGAGGUCGAUCUCAUCGGGACGCAUUACGGCGUGUCUUCGACCACUGCCAUGAAGUCCGAGCCCAAUGCCAAGCCCAACACAGUCACCCUGGACCUGGCUGGCGCCUUCGACGCUAUGCCCCGGCAUCUGCUCCUUACCAGCAUGCAGAACAUGAAGCUGCCGUCCAUGCUCAUCCAGAUUGUCAUGAGCUGGCACCAAAACGCACAUUAUCACAUCAAUCACGACGGCACUGAUCGUGUUAUACAUGCGACACAAGGAGUCAGGCAGGGUUGCGCCGUAGCGCCCCUCCUCUGGCUCAUCUUCUCACACCACAUCAGUGAGUCCCUUGCAGCCAAGAUCGGCUACCAGGCCACAAUAGACCUACUGAGCAUUUUCGCGGAUGAUUAUCACUGCUCAGGUAUAUGGCACACUGAACAUGAGCUUGAGGAGACACUUCUCCGCAUCGCUGCGCUGCUUCGUGUACUAGCCGACAAGGGUAUGCUGGUUAAUGCGCUGGACGACUACAGUUGCGUGCUGUUUCUUCAACCGGAUGCCCAGGGCCCGUUGCCUCUCUUGUACAAGGCUGCCCAACGGUGGAAGCAAGCUCAGGAAGCCAACCAGACAACGACAGCGCUACGCACCACACUCUUCGGGUGCCUCAUCCAGAUGCUGCACACGGGACUGAAGUCGAUUGGCACCGAGAAUCCCACCCCAUUCCAGGCCAAGGCGGAGGAGAUGAAGUGGCUGAAGGACGGCCACUGGUGCUGUCAGAAGUGGUUGGUGCCAGCACUGGGGAGCCUAGUGGCCUAG